AUGGGCAAGAAGGCUGUUCAGUUUGGCGGUGGCAAUAUUGGCCGUGGCUUUGUCGCCGAGUUCCUGCAUGAGUCAGGCUAUGAGGUGGUGUUUGUCGACGUUGUGCCUCAGGUCAUCGAGUCCCUCAACAAGUCCAAGUCAUACAAGGUCACCGAGAUCAGCGAGGAUGGCGAGAACACCAAGACCAUCACCAACUACCGAGCCAUCAGCUCCAAAACCAAUGAACCAGAUGUAAUUCACGAAAUCGCAACCGCCGAUAUUGUCACCUGCGCUGUUGGGCCGAAUAUCCUCAAGUUCAUUGCUUCUCCCAUUGCUAAAGCAAUCGACGCUCGUAAAGAACCAAAGCCUCUCGCAGUCAUUGCCUGUGAAAAUGCUAUCAAUGCUACCACUACCUUGCGAGGAUACAUUGAGGAACACCUCGAUAAGUCUCGUCUAGACACUCUCCCGGAUCGCGCUCGUUUCGCCAAUUCUGCAAUCGACCGAAUCGUGCCCACCCAGCCUGAGAAUGCUGGACUCGACGUUCGUAUUGAGGGUUUCUACGAAUGGGUUGUGGAACAGACUCCUUUCGGAAAACACGGCCAUCCAGACAUUCAAGCCAUUCACUGGGUGGACCAUCUCGAGCCUUACAUUGAGCGCAAGCUCUUUACUGUCAAUACUGGUCAUGCUACUGCCGCCUACUAUGGCUACAGUGCUGGCAAGAAGACUAUCCACGAGGUUUUGGCUGAUCCGGACAUUCACAAGAUCGUCCACAAUGUCCUAGACGAGACUGCAGCCUUGAUUGUCAGCAAGCACGAAAUCACCGAAAAAGAACAGAAAAAAUACGUGGAUACCAUCGUCAAGCGUAUCUCCAAUCACUACCUCGAGGAUGUCGUCGAACGUGUUGGUCGUGCUCCACUACGCAAGCUUUCUCGCAACGAACGUUUCAUUGGCCCGGCUGCUCAGCUGGCUGAGAAAGGCCUGAAAUUCGAUGCUCUUUUGGGCUCCAUUGAGAAAGCUCUACGCUUCCAGAAUGUGGAAGGUGACGACGAGAGUGUGGAACUAGCCAAGAUCCUGAAGGAGAAAUCCACCGCCGAAGCAACUCAACAAAUCACUGGACUUAAGCCCGACCACAAGCUCUACCAGCCUGUUUUCAAGCUUGUUGAAAAGGUUCAAGCAGACUCAAAGUAG